GAGAGUCCGUCCAGGCCCCAGGCUGGAGGAGGGCCCCGCACGUCUGCCCCCGGUCCGGCCUUGGCUGGAGCCUGGUGCCAUGUUUGCGCUCUGGUUCAUCUCCCUUCACUUCUACCAACUCACACCUAGGUCAUGCCGUGGCCUCGUAACUGGUCUCCCUUUCGGCACUUUCGCCCUCCCUUGUUCUCGUCUCUCUCUAAUCCAGUCUGCCGUCGCUAAACCAGACUGAUUAAUCGUCCAAAAAUAUUUCCACUACGCUCCUCACAGGAACCUCCAAGGCUCCCCUUAUUUACUGAGUGAAGUCCAGAUUGACCAUCACAGAUUCCAAGGCUGUCUGCAGCGCGGCUCAUGCUGCCUUUCCAGCCUCGUCUGUCACUUGUCCCCUCAAGCCUCUACUUGACACACACACACACACACACACACACACACACACACACACACACGCCACCCAGCUAUGCCUUUGCCCCCUGCCCCGGGCCACUCCAUUCACUGCGUGCAGUUCUCUCCUGCCCUCAAUGCUCCUGCGAAAACCACCCAGCCUUCAGAGCCCGGUGCCACCUGCUCCAUGAAGCUCUGAGUCGCCCUUCCACUCCUGGGGGCUUUUCUCCUCCUCCGCAUUUCCCUGGUGUUUAGUAUUUGUCCUGUUCACCUGGCACUCGGUCGCAUACAGCCUGUUGUCUGGCCUAUGUUUUUAUUUUGUUUGUUUUUCUAUCGUAAGUAACAUUUAUCCUCCUUUAGAGGAAAAUACCCCAAUUUGAAAAACACUAUACUUUCUUGUGUUGUUUUUUAACACUUGAUUAUUAAUAUACUCCAUACAUACGUGCAUCUCAUUUUGCCCAGUAGAUUGUAAAUUAUGGGAGAGCAGGAGCCCCUGGCGCCCCCCACCCCCACCCCGAGUGCCGGUGUAGCUGUUGUACGGAAGGGAGUCUUCUGUAGGCCAGGGGAGCCUGGCCGAGCUUUGGCUCGGCUGAGAACGGUAGGCCCGGCAAGACGAGCAGAUGGUUGUGCUUCUUGGUCAGACCGCGCAUCAAGAACAUGCGAUACGUUGCCAGUCUCGUCAAUGCUGACAAGUUGGCUGGCCGAACUCGGAAAUACAAAGUGAUCUUCAGCCCUCAGAAGUUUCACGCGUGUGAGAUGGUGCUGGAGGAAGAGGGAGUCUAUGGAGAUGUGAGCUGUGACGAAUGGGCCUUUUCUUUGCUACCUCUUGAUGUGGAUCUGUUGAGCAUGGAGCUCCCAGAAUUUUUCAGGGACUACUUCCUGGAGGGAGAUCAGCGUUGGAUCAACACCGUGGCGCAGGCCUUACACCUCCUCAGCACUCUGUACGGACCCUUCCCUAACUGCUAUGGAAUUGGCAGAUGUGCCAAGAUGUCGUAUGAAUUGUGGAGGACACUGGAAGAGGAGGAGGAUGGCGAAACCAAGGGCCGAAGGCCAGAAAUUGGACACAUCUUCCUACUGGACAGAGACGUGGACUUUGUGACGGCACUUUGCUCCCAGGUGGUUUACGAGGGCCUGGUGGAUGACACGUUCCGCAUCAAGUGUGGGAGUGUCGAUUUUGGCCCAGAAGUCACAUCCUCUGACAGGAGCUUAAAGGUGCUACUCAAUGCCGAGGACAAGGUGUUUAAUGAGAUUCGUAAUGAACACUUCUCCAACGUCUUUGGCUUUUUGAGCCAGAAGGCCCGGAACUUACAGGCUCAGUAUGACCGCCGGAGAGGCAUGGACAUCAAGCAGAUGAAGAAUUUCGUGUCCCAGGAGCUCAAGGGACUGAAACAGGAGCACCGCCUGCUGAGCGUCCAUAUCGGGGCCUGUGAAUCCAUCAUGAAGAAGAAGACCAAACAGGACUUCCAGGAGCUCAUCAAGACCGAGCACGCGCUGCUGGAGGGCUUCAACAUCCGGGAGAGCACCAGCUACAUUGAAGAACACAUAGACCGGCAGGUGUCGCCUAUAGAGAGCCUUCGCCUCAUGUGCCUUUUGUCCAUCACUGAGAAUGGUUUGAUUCCCAAGGAUUACCGAUCUCUGAAAACACAGUAUCUGCAGAGCUAUGGCCCCGAGCACCUGCUAACCUUCUCCAAUCUGCGGCGAGCGGGGCUCCUGACGGAGCAGGCCCCUGGGGACACCCUCACGGCCAUGGAGAGUAAAGUGAGCAAGCUGGUGACGGACAAGGCUGCAGGGAAGAUUACUGAUGCCUUCAGUUCUCUGGCCAAGAGGAGCAAUUUUCGUGCCAUCAGUAAGAAGCUGAAUUUGAUCCCACGUGUGGAUGGCGAGUAUGACCUGAAAGUGCCUCGGGACAUGGCUUAUGUCUUCAGUGGCGCUUACGUGCCCCUCAGCUGCCGAGUCAUUGAGCAGGUGCUGGAGCGGCGGAGCUGGCAGGGUCUGGACGAGGUGCUGAGGCUGCUCAACUGCAGCGAGUUGGCGUUCACAGACAUGACCAAGGAAGACAAGGCUUCCAGCGAGUCCUUGCGCCUCAUCUUGGUGGUGUUCCUGGGUGGCUGCACGUUCUCUGAGAUCUCAGCCCUCCGCUUCCUGGGCAGAGAGAAAGGGUACAGGUUCAUUUUUCUGACCACGGCAGUCACAAACAGUGCUCGCCUCAUGGAAGCCAUGAGUGAGGUGAAAGCCUGACGUUCUCCCUGCCGCUGUCGACGUCUUCCCUGGACACGUUCCCGAGGGGAUGCAGGAAUUGGUCCCAGCUGCUAAUGUAGUGUCCACCAACCACCCUACUCAGAGCUGGGGAGCGCAGAACUUGUGUGGGCUUUAGCAGAAAGUUACUUGAGCAGAGCGUUCACUUCCUGCCCCCAGGAAAUUUCUUUUUUGUUGAUGAAGUGCAGCUUGUGCUGAAAAGAGGGGGAGGAAGAGGUACCUUUUGCUAAAUCCUGUUUGAGUAUCAUUGUAAAUAAAACCUCUGCUCUCAGAUGUCA